AUGCUAACAACUAAUAUUUAUUCACCUCAACAUAAAAGAGUUCUUCAAAUGGAAAAUAAUAAAAAAAAUGAUUUUCUAUUAUCAGAUAUUUAUUCAACGAAUAAUUCAAACGAUGACGUCGUAAAAAUGAAAAAAAUCAAAGAAAUACAUUUGGAAUUAAUAAAAUGUGCUAGAAAUGUAAUCGACACUUACGGAUUACAUAUUUUAUUAACAAUAACAAUGGCUUUUAUUUUAAUCACCGUUAUAUCUUACAAUAUUUAUUAUACAAUUAUAACUUCAAACAAACCAACAUACGGUAUUCGACGAAUUAAUUAUUUGUUAUUAUUUUUUUGUUUACAUGCGUCAAAUACCGGAGAUAUACUUUGCGAAUUGUACGAACCUUCAACCAGCAUGGAAUUUCGUACCGAAAUUCGCGAUUUUAUCGUACAACUUAUUCAAAAUCCAUUGUCAUUUACAGCCUGUGGUUAUAUUGAUCUUGAUCAUACAUUGAUAAGUGGUGUAAUUGGUACGGUAACAACUUAUCUGGUUAUUCUCAUUCAAAUUGGUAGCACACAAUCAAAAAAUGUUUUUGAAAAUUCUACCGUCCUGUCUAACAACUCAUUCUAA